CGGAAGUGCACAUCUUGCAUGGAGUCAGUUCCAGGGAUUUAAAUGCGACUGAGGCUCUCUAUAAGCAGUCUAGGGGGCUGCAUGGUCCAGGCUGCUCUAUAAACGGGUCUGGCUCAUGGAGACAGUGGUUUUGGUUGGAGAGCUUAAAGGGAGAGAGGUGGACUGAACAAGCUGUGCUACUCUCAUAUAUUGUUUGAUCUCUACAUUAAGGAACCAGGAAAAAUGAAUGCGACAUCCAGUACUGCAACACCACCUGAUUCAGAAAAACCUGUGAAAAAACAUUUCAAAGUCACAAGGUUUAUUAUGGAAGCAGGUGUUAAGCUGGGAAUGCAUUCCAUCCCGAUUGCCACAGCCUGUACCAUUUAUCAAAAGUUUUUCAGUGAGACCUGUAUGAAUGAUUAUGACCCAUAUUUGGUGGCCAUGUCUGCAAUUUACCUAGCCGGAAAGGUGGAGGAACAGCAUUUGAGAACCAGAGAUAUCAUAAAUGUCUGCCACAGGUACCUAAAUCCGGGAACUGAACCUCUGGAGGUAGACGGCAAAUUCUGGGAGCUCAGAGACAGCAUUGUCCAAUGUGAAUUACUGAUGCUCAGGCUCUUAAAUUUUCGAGUUUCUUUCCAACAUCCACACAAGUAUCUCCUGCAUUAUCUGAUGUCUCUAAAAAACUGGAUGAACAGGCACAGCUGGGACCGAACCCCUAUUGCCAAAGCUUCCUGGGCUCUCCUUAGGGACAGCUAUCACAGUGACAUUUGCCUUCGGUAUGAAGCGCAGCAUAUCGCCGUGGCUGUGCUGUAUUUUGCACUGCAAUGUUAUGGGGUGGAUGUACCAAGCAAUGAGAGUUCUGAGACUCCGUGGUGGCAGGUUUUUAGUGAAGACAUUACAAAGGUCAUUAUCGACCAUAUACUCUACGAUUUGAUCAAUGUCUAUACUAUGGAUGCUGAAAUAGUUUGACCUGCUUGAGAUCAGAAGGUUAUGGACUGCACAGAGGUCGUUCGAGCUAUAGACUUUUGCUUGCAUGUCAAGAUGGCAUAUCGCCAUAGUGUGGAUCUUCGGAGGAGAAAUUACCUUUUGGACUUUAUGUUGGCUCCAGUUUACAUGCACAAACUGCUAUUUCCAGUGAAUGGAGUACGUUAUGGAAUUAUAUAAGGCAUGCAAAGUUUUUUAUAUUUGAUUUUUCUCCACAUGAAAACUUUAAAAUUCUAUUUAAUUGUAUUUCUCCAUAACAGAACUGUCGAAAUGUUUCAAAGAAGUAAUAUUUAGUUUUUAUAAAAAAAAAUUUA